AUGUCGCCUACCGUAGCCUUGGUCGUGGGCGCUAUCGCUACUACUUACCUUUUUCUUCGCCUUCUCCUGCGCUUGACUCAAGAUGCAAGCGAGCCACCAGCCAUUGAGACGGGGAUUCCGUUUCUGAGCCCUCUAAUUGGUAUGAUUAGAGAAAAGUCGCGGUUUCAUGUGCGAUUGAGGAACAAAUAUGGUCUACCCAUAUAUACUCUCCGAUUGCCUUUCCAACGGAUGUAUAUUGUCAAUUCGACUGAACUCAUCCCCUUGCUGCAGAAGCAAUGGCGCACGGUUAGCUUUGCCGCCAUUGCGGCUGAAGCUGGCUCCGUCGUUGGCAUGAGCAAGGAAGCUGUCAGGGUAAUGCACCAAGAUCUGACAAGUGAACAUGGCUUCAGUGUUAGCUGGCCACGGUUUAUCAUACCUGCCAUGGGUCCCGGAAAGGACCUUGAUGCGAUUAACAGGAGGUCUAUCGAGGUUCUUGCCUCCGAAAUGGAAACACUCAGUGCACAGGGAACUUUGAAACUUGGCCUAUCGCAAUGGUCGCGCAAAACUAUGGUCACAGCUACUACUGAAGCUGUCUGGGGACCACAUAAUCCAUAUCGAGACCCUGCCGUUGCCGAAGCUUGGAAGAUUUUUGAAGCUGGCUUCUUGACGUUUUCUAUGUUUCCUUUGGCAUCAGUCUUUUUCCCUAAACUUCUACGUGCUCGCGAGAUUGUUGCCGAUGCCAUGAUGGAUUACAUACGCAAGAGUGGGCAUAACUCUUCUUCGGGGCUCGUGCGUCUGCGUUACGAGCACCACCGUGAGAGAUUUGGCUUGAAUGACGAAGAUAUCGCUCGCGGCGAGCUCGGAAACACAUUCGCCGUGCUAGGCAACACUACGCCGUGUGCCAUGUGGGUUCUGUACCACAUCUACUCCGACGGCCAAGUUUUGGAAGAUGUACGCCGCGAGGUCUCAGCCCUUGUGUAUGAAGACCAUAACAAAGAUGAAGGUAUCCUUCACUGCGUUGACUUGGCCGGCAUCCGCACUUCCUGUCCAAUUCUACUGAGCACUUUCCAGGAGACAAUGCGUUUCCGCGCUGUCAACCCUGGUCCGCGUGUACUCCUCGAAGACGUAGACUUGGAUGGCCGUUAUCAUCUUAAAAAAGGCAGUAUGCUCAUGAUUCCAGCUACUGUACAACAUACUGAUGUUACGGCGUGGGGUGAUAAUGCCGGUGAAUUCGACCACAUGCGUUUUGCCCGCAAACCAGGAACAGGACAGAAGAGGCCAAACCGCGUUGCAUUCCGCGCCUUCGGUGGCGGACAUAUCCUCUGUCCCGGUCGCCAUUUUGCGAGUACCGAAAUAAUGGCAUUUGCGGCACUGGUGGUACUUCAAUUUGACAUGGUGCCUGUCCAAGGAAAAUGGGUUGAACCCACCUGUGAGAAUUCGCCUGCACAGGCGGGAUUUCCCAUUCCGGACGAAGACAUCAAGAUCGAGCUUCGGCCCAGGGAUCGCUCCAAGAAAUGGAACAUCAUAUUCUCAGGAUCAGAUAAGGCUAUGGAUAUCGUAUCAGAGGAUAGUCCCACAAGUCACCCGAUAGACCGCUUGGAACCCUCAAGCACUUGA